GCCGCCAUUUUGUUUGUGCGGACAGACCGUCAGAAACAGGAGGAGAUAACCGAGAGAAGGAGCGACUCCGGCGACCCACGGCAGCCGCUCCGGGAACCGCCGGGGGACGAAAGAGUGGCCAAAUCCGCGUCCGCGUUAUCCAGAGAGAGAAAGCAGCAGGGAAAAGAUAAGACGUCAGUGGAGGGAAAAGCGACUCGGUGACAUAUAUAUGUGUGUGUAUAUGUAUGCAUGAGAAGGAAAUACUCCGAAAAAUCCAAGGAAGGGGGUGUUUGCGGAGCGGAGACGGGGAGGAGAGGCGGAAGAGGGCUCUGUCUCGUAACGAGGGGGGAGAAAAAUCUUCAAAUAAAGGGAAAAUAUCAACAUGAAAAAUCAUUAUGUGUCCGUCGCGGAGGAAGGAGAGAGCCCGCAUAGACAAUUAUAUAAAUAAAUUGCUGCCGGGCAGAAGAGAGAGGUGGAAAGGAAGACGGGUUUAAAGAGAAGGGGGGAAAAUUGCCAGGAUCAACGCGAAGGGGGGCAUUCACCAUCACAAAGAGUCAAUGAGAGGAUUUUGUCAGCCCAAAAUAUUUCAAGGGGGUGGGAGGGUGUCAGCAUUAUUGUGCCGAUCUGAAGCUUUCCGCUUCCGAAAUAGCCGUAAUUUCUCAGCGAGUCGCCGUCAGAUUUUGAUCCAUUUUUCGCCUGUCGGCGUAGCUCCUGCUUUUUGCUUUACAGCUUUCUGUUUUUGCCUCCUUGCGUGGCCAAGACGUCCAUAAAAAAAAAAAAACAAAAAAAAAAAAACGGGGAGAGGUGAUAUUUUUGAGACUUUAGCGAUCACGCUUUUCCAUCAUCUGUGAUUUCAAGUGUUUUUAAAACCAGGGGAGGAACCUCUCCAGGACUAUAAGAUAAGUAACCCAACAGACCGUCCUCUGCAAGGGAAAAAAAACUGAUUGGAUCAAUCUGACUGCUCGCUGAUUGGCAGUUUUCGCUGCGAUCAUCCUCGAGAACUGUACGGUCGAAGAGAUAAAGUGUGCAUGCGGAAAGAUUGCACAAGAACUGUGAUUUUUUUUUUCUUUUUUCCUUUUUUUUGUUGGAAGAUCUGAUAUUUGCAGCCGUGCUCGACUGCAACACAUCUCGCGCAAGGGGGUUGCAACAACCAUUACGUGCAAUACCAGUGUGUUCUUUCUGACCCAGUGCCUUGCAUGGUCAAACACUUAAGUGCACAAAUAAGUCGGCAUGUACAUGCACAACGGAAGUCUUGCAUGGGAAUACACCCGCAAUAGAUUUUAUUUUUAUCAGAGAUACUGCAAGUCCGGUGUGUUGCCCUUUUUGUGCAACUGACUGAUUUUUCCAGUCACUUUAAAGCCAGUAAGCUGUUUUUUUUUUUUCCUCUGUUGCACCGGAGAGUAAAAGCUUUUGAGGGAAAAUCAGUGGCACUGACGGCAGUGAGAGGCUCUAACUGUUGCAUGAGAAAGCCGCCUCCUGGAGUUAACACAGGGGGGAAAAAAACAAACUCCUGGCUUCUGUUUGCUGGAUCACAGUUGCCGUUUUUGUGCCCUGACAAAUUGCUCUGCCCCCCCUUACUCCUCUGCCUUGGAGCAAUUCGGAUUUGAAACGGAGGAUUUCUCCGCCGACUAUGGCGGGCAGGACUCAGUGCAGUACGGAGGACGGAUCUUGGGACGGUUUUUCUGUCGCAGAAGAGGCUACAUGAGGUUGUCAGAGGGCCGCACGCUUGCCUUUUUUGCCGACUCCACCUUCCCACCUCCUCCUCCUCAAAUCUGUGAAGAAACAAAAUCUCCGACUGGGGAGGGGGACUGAUAUCUGCAGAGAGGAAUAAACCGAGCGGGGAGGACUGAAGGAGCUCCAACACUGCUGUCCUCUCUCCCCUGCCGUCCCCCCCGAGCGGUGGGGGAACGAUCAGAAAGGUUUCUUAAAAGGACUCAGAGACGCAGAUAAAGGGGGAUUACAUUUGCCCUCAGUGGAUCUACAGCAUUUAUUUUAAUUCGUCAAAAAAUAUGGCCGAUAAUGUCCUGGAGUCCGGCCCGCCUUCAGCCAAGAGGCCCAAGUUGUCCUCUCCUGCUCUCUCGGUGUCUGCCAGUGAUGGAAACGAUUUCGGUUCACUCUUUGAACUGGAGCAUGACCUACCAGAUGAGCUCAUAAGUUCUUCAGACUUGGGACUGACCAAUGGAGGGGAUGCCAACCAACUCCACAGCAGCCUUGGAGGGGUCGGAGGAGGAAUUGGUGUGGGAGGAGCUCAGGAUGCAGCUGCGAAACACCAGCAGCUGUCUGAGCUUUUGCGUGCAGGAGCAGCACCACAGCAGGGUGGCCCCACUUCCAAUAAUACACCAUCCGGGGCAUCCAUGGGGAUGCUGGGGGGUGUCAGUGUUGCCCCUGGUGGACAUCAAGGCAUGCCUGCCCAGAGCCAAACACAGCAACCUGGAUUAAUGCAGCAGGUUGGAAUGGUUGGAACACUCAAUCGGGCAAUGGUGGGAGCCCAGAAAGGCAAUGCUGGACAGCAGCCUCAGCAGGGGCUGAUAGGGGGGCAGGUGGUGAAUGGCUCACCUAGAAUGGGCUAUCCUGGCAAUGCUGGAAUGGGAAACAAUAGUAAUCUUUUGGCAGACGGUCUCCAACAUCAGCAGCAAGGCGGUCAGCAAAUGGGGGCUGGCGGUCAGGCAGGAAUGAGACCGCAGCAGCCUGGAGCACUGAACAAGAUGAAUAUGAUGGCCAAUGCGGGCCCCUAUGGUGGUCCGUACGGCCAGACUGCUGGCCAGGGGCUGCCUGGAGCAGGGCUGGGCCCACAGCUUCAGAAUAAAGCAGGCCUCCCCAGCAAUAUGGCUGCACAGUUCAGCAUGGACAAGAAGGCACCAGCGGGUCAAGGCAUGCCUGGGAUGACACCUCAGCAGCAGCAGCCUGGAGGCGGCGUAUCGGUCAGCGGAGCAGCAGCAGUGGGAGGGACGCAGGUUGGACUCAAUGCUGUGGGGGCCGGACCCGGCGCUACACCUCCUACUGCAGACCCUGAGAAGCGGAAGCUGAUUCAACAGCAGCUGGUCCUCUUGCUCCACGCGCACAAGUGCCAGCGGAGGGAGCAGGCCAACGGCGAAGUACGGCAGUGCAACCUGCCUCACUGUCGCACCAUGAAGAACGUGCUGAACCACAUGACUCACUGCCAGCUUGGCAAGUCCUGCCAGGUGGCACACUGUGCCUCAUCCAGACAGAUCAUUUCUCAUUGGAAGAAUUGCACACGACACGACUGUCCCGUCUGCCUGCCACUGAAAAAUGCUGGAGACAAGAGGAACCAGCAACCUCUUGUCAACAGUACAGGGGUGGGUUUAGUGAACUCUUUAGGUUCAGGUGUGCCAGGAGGACAGUCCAGCACACCGAACCUGAACCCACCCAACCAGAUCGACCCCAGCUCCAUAGAGAGGGCCUAUGCUGCGCUGGGCCUCACUUACCAGGGCAACCAGAUGCCACAGCAGCCACCACAGGCCAGCGUGCCAAACCAGGGGCUGCAGGGGCAGCCUGGAAUGAGGACUGUAAACACCAUGGGGGGAAACUCUAUGGGGGUGAAUGGUGGAGUUGGGGUGCAGCCCCCCAACCAACAUUCCAGUCUACUGCCAGAUGCCAUGUUGCACAACUGCAUGAGCGCACAGAGUCUGAUGAAUGAUGGUGUGGGGAACCUUGGCUCCUUGCCCACAGCUACUUCACCUUCUGCUGCAGGCAUGAGGAAGUCUUGGCAUGAAGACAUCACACAAGACCUCCGCAACCACCUUGUCCACAAGCUGGUGCAGGCCAUUUUCCCCACUCCUGACCCAGCUGCUCUAAAGGACCGGCGGAUGGAUAAUCUGGUGGCUUAUGCACGAAAAGUAGAGGGAGACAUGUACGAGUCAGCCAACAGUAGGGCAGAGUAUUACCACCUGCUGGCAGAGAAGAUCUACAAAAUCCAAAAGGAGCUGGAAGAGAAGAGGAGGACACGGCUCCAGAAGCAGGGCAUGAUGUCGGGCCAGCCUGGCAUUGCCUCCACAGGCCUCCCACAGGGGCCUCCUGGUAUGGGACAGCCUCCCAUGCCCCCUGGGCAACCCCCCAAUGGUCCUCACGCCGAUCCGUCCAUGGUCAGACCAGCCGGGCCCAAUCAGAUGGUCAACAGGAUGCAGAACCCAGCAGGAAUGAACCAGUUUGGUCAGAUGGGGAUGCAGUCAAUGGGUCAGAGGUCGACACCUCCUCUUCCUCUUAAUCCUCAAAUGAACCAGAUGGGUAUGGGAACAACUAGGGUGGGUCAGCCUAACACCACACAGUUACAGAACCAGUACCUCCCUCCAGGCCAGUUUCCCGGGUCCAGUCCAGGACUUGGUUCUGGUCCUGUUGGCAUGAAUCAGCCAGGAACGCAGAAUGCUGUAUCAGCGAACCAGAUGUCCACACCACCAUCCCUCCCAGCCAGCAGCCCUGCACCCCAGUCCGCCCCUUCUCUUCCAAGCUCUGGGGCUUCCGGAGGUUCCAUGGGGUCUGUGAAUGCCGGUGGCACUGGGCCGUUACCCAGCCUGCCUCCAUCCUCCACCCAGCCCAACUCUUUCCCUCACUGUCCACCAAUCAGAAACUCACCAUCACCAGCACGCAGCUUAACACCUCAACCUCAUCAGACGCCCCCAACGUUACCUGGUUGUCAGACCCCGCAGCCGCAGACGCCCAGCACACCCCAGCUCCCCGCUCCACAGCACCCCCAGCAGCAGCAACAACAAGCCUCGCAGCAGAUACAGCCAUCAGGGCAGGUGGUGAACUCUGAGAAAGCUAAUCAGCUUCCACAGCAGACACUUGGGGACGUGGCCUCCUCGGGCCCUCAAACAAAUCAGAUUUCUUCAGUGCUGAACCAGAAUGCUCACGUGCCAUUACAGCAACCACGGACCCCGCUAUCUGCGAAGCCUUCUCUGACAGCAGAUGGUCAGGUUUGCUCUCCAGCAUCAGUCACCAGCAGCACUGAACCCACCUCUCAGCUUGCCCCAACCGACAGCUCUGCUCCCAGCCAGGAAGAUGUCAAAAUGGAGGUGAAGAAACAGGAGGAGGAAGACGAAGGAGCUGACACAAAAGGAGAGGGCAAGGGGAAGAUGGGCAAGGGCCAGGCUGAUGUGAAGAUGGAGGAGAAACCAGAGGUAAAGAAAGAGAAGCCAUCGGGAGACGGGUGCAAAGGUGAGCCCAUGGACACCUCUUCAUCCUCUGUGUCAUCGUCACUAGUCACAAGUGAAGACAAGAAGCCAGAGAUUAAGAAAGAGGAAGAGGAAGGGUCAGGGUCAGCAGUCACCAACAGCUCCCCAGCCAACACUCAGAGCAAGAAGAAAAUCUUUAAACCCGAGGAGCUGCGCCAGGCUCUGAUGCCCACCCUGGAAUCGCUGUACCGGCAGGACCCUGAGUCCCUUCCUUUCCGUCAGCCGGUGGACCCCCAGUUACUGGGAAUACCCGACUAUUUUGACAUCGUGAAGAACCCCAUGGACCUGUCGACCAUCAAGCGAAAGCUGGACACGGGGCAGUAUCAAGAGCCGUGGCAGUACAUAGAGGACAUCUGGUUGAUGUUCAACAACGCCUGGCUGUACAACCGCAAGACGUCCCGCGUCUACAAGUACUGCUCCAAGCUGGCUGAGGUGUUUGAGUCGGAGAUCGACCCCGUCAUGCAGGGCCUGGGGUACUGCUGUGGGAGGAAGUUUGAGUUUUCCCCCCAAACACUAUGCUGCUAUGGAAAACAGUUAUGCACCAUCCAACGUGACGCUGCUUAUUUUAGCUACCAGAACAGGUAUCACUUCUGUGAGAAGUGUUUCAACGAAAUCCAAGGCGAGAGUGUCUCCCUGGGGGAUGACCCCUCCCAGCCGCAGACGUCCAUCAACAAAGACCAGUUCCAGCGGAAGAAGAACGACACACUUGACCCUGAGCUACUUGUGGAAUGUAUCGACUGCGGCCGUAAAAUGCACCAGAUCUGCGUCCUGCAUAAUGAAACCAUAUGGCCGUCAGGAUUUGUUUGUGACAACUGUCUCAAAAAGGCCAACAAGACACGGAAAGAAAACAAGUACGCAGCCAAACGACUUCCUCAGACCAAGUUAGGGAACUUCUUGGAAACUCGCGUGAAUGACUACCUCAAGCGGCAAAACCAUCCCGAGUCUGGAGAGGUCACCAUUCGAGUGGUCCACGUCUCAGACAAGGUGGUUGAGGUCAAGCCGGGAAUGAAGUCCAGGUUUGUGGACAGUGGAGAGAUGGCAGAGUCUUUCCCGUACAGGAUGAAAGCCCUGUUUGCAUUCGAGGACAUUGACGGAGCAGAUGUGUGCUUUUUUGGCAUGCACGUUCAAGAGUACGGCUCAGAUUGCCCUCCUCCCAAUCAGAGGCGAGUGUACAUUUCCUACCUGGACAGCGUGCACUUCUUCAGACCUCGACACCUCAGGACUGCCGUCUAUCACGAGAUCCUGCUGGGCUACCUGGAGUAUGUCAAAAGGCUGGGGUUUACAACGGGACACAUCUGGGCCUGUCCUCCCAGCGAAGGGGAUGACUACAUCUUCCACUGUCAUCCACCAGACCAGAAGAUCCCCAAGCCGAAACGCUUGCAGGAGUGGUACAAGAAGAUGCUGGAUAAGGCUGUGGCCGAGCGCAUUGUCCAUGAUUACAAGGACAUUUUCAAGCAGGCAACAGAAGACCGGCUGACCAGUGCCAAGGAGCUGCCGUACUUCGAGGGUGACUUCUGGCCCAAUGUCCUGGAGGAGAGCAUCAAGGAGCUGGAACAGGAGGAGGAGGAGAGGAAGAGGGAGGAGAACAGUACCUCCAAUGAGAGCACAGAUGCCAUAAAAGGAGACAGCAAGAAUGCCAAGAAGAAGAACAACAAAAAGACGAGCAAGAAGAGCAGCUUGAGCCUAGCCAAUAAGAAGAAACCAGAUCCCAACGUUUCCAAUGACCUUCCCAGAACUUUAUGCCACAAUGAGAAACAUAAAGAGGUCUUCUUCGUCAUCCGCCUCAUUGCUGGUCCCACCGCCAACUCGCUGCCUCCCAUCACUGAACCCGAUCCCCUGAUGGCCUGUGAUCUGAUGGAUGGCCGCGAUGCCUUUCUAACUCUGGCCAGAGACAAGCACUUGGAGUUCAGCUCUCUCAGGAGGUCCAAGUGGAGCUCCAUGUGUAUGUUGGUGGAGCUCCACAACCAGAGCCAGGACCGCUUUGUUUAUACCUGCAAUGAGUGCAAACACCAUGUGGAGACCCGCUUCCACUGCACCGUCUGUGAGGACUAUGACUUGUGCAUCACCUGCUACAACACUAAAGGUCAUGAGCACAAGAUGGAAAAACUGGGACUUGGGCUGGAUGAUGAUAGCAGCAACCAGGCAGCCACAGCUACUCAGAGCCCCGGUGACUCUCGUCGUCUCAGCAUCCAGCGCUGCAUCCAAUCGCUGGUCCACGCUUGCCAGUGUCGCAAUGCCAACUGCUCUCUGCCAUCCUGCCAGAAGAUGAAGCGUGUUGUUCAGCACACAAAGGGCUGCAAGCGCAAGACAAAUGGCGGCUGUCCCAUCUGCAAGCAGCUCAUUGCUCUGUGUUGCUACCAUGCCAAACACUGCCAGGAGAACAAAUGUCCCGUCCCAUUCUGUCUGAACAUCAAGCAGAAACUCCGGCAGCAGCAGCUACAGCACAGACUGCAGCAGGCCCAGAUGCUGAGGAGGAGGAUGGCCAGCAUGCAGCGGGUGGGCCAACCAGCUGGAGGGCCACCAGGGGGACCUGUGGUUGGACUUCCAUCACCAGGAAACAAUGUUACCACGGCACCUAGUACCCCAACAUCUGGUGGAACACAACCCCCUACUCCCCAGACCCCGACUCAGGCCAUGCUUCCAGUCCCACAGCAGGGAAUGGGUCCUGGUCCUGGAGUACAGCAGCAACAGCAGCAGCCGGGAGGGAUUCCUCCCCAACAUCCUCUCCAUCACCAGUUCCAGCAAAUUCCAGGAGGAGGAGGAGGUGGUGGUGGGGCAGGAGGAAUAAUGAGCUCUUCACAACAUCAGCAGCAGCAGAUGCUUCCUCAGGUCCAGCAACAGCAGCAGCAAAGUGGAGCAGUGACCAAUCCUCAGCAGCACCAACAGCACCACAACAGUUUGCCUCCAUAUGCCAGCAGACCUCCAGGCUCCUCACCGGUCCACCAAUCCCAAGGCAAACCAGUUCUUGGCUCUGCAACGCCUCCCCAGCAGCAGCAGCCUGGUGGCGCCAUCAUGGGUGGAAAUGUUGGGAGCCAGCAACCUCCCAGCCAGCCACAGAACCAGCCUGCCCUUCCACAACAGCAACCUUCUGGACCUCCACCUGCAGCUGUAGAAAUAGCCAUGAAGAUUCAACAGGUUGCUGAUGCUCAAAGGAAGAUGGCACUACAGAGACAAGCAGCCCAGGCAGCUGCCAGCUUGAUUCCUCCUCACGCUCAACAUCAACAAGGUCAAGGUCAACAGAUGAGCAUGGGACACCCAGGGGCUGUAGGGAUGGUAGGACCACAGGGCAUGCCACCACAGACCCAAGUGUCAGUGACAGCUGCUCGGGCCCACAUGGAUCAACAGCAAGGUGCACAUCCAGGGUUGAUGGUUGGCGCUGGUGGGCCCAUGCAGCAGCCUUCUCAGCAAAGUAACGUCCCACAGGGCCAGGUACACCUUCAGCAGCAGAGGAUGGGAGCUCCACUUCAGAACCCGCAACAGCAGCAACAGCAGUGGACUGGCCAGGGAAUGCCACCCCACCAGAGGCAAGCUAUGAUGAACCAAAUGGGCCAUGCUAGCAUGAUGGCUGCCCAACAUCAACAACAGCAGCACCAACAAGCUCAGGGCCAUGCUACCUUGAUGAAUAUGGCACAGCAGCAGCAAGGUGCUAGCGGCGGGGUCACAGGGGGAGCCGUACCUGGAGUCACUGGUGUACCAGGGGUUAGUGCUGCUGGUGGAAACUUCCCCCAAGCCGCCCUCCACGAGCUAUUACGGACACUCCGCUCACCCAGCUCUCCACCUCAGCAGCAGCAAGUCCUCAAUAUUUUGCGGUCUAACCCACAGCUAAUGGCUGCUUUUAUUAAACAGAGGGCCUCAAAAUACAAGGGGGGGCAGGGGGGCCCUGGUGGACCAGGAGGUGUACCAGGAGGACCUGGUCCCACAGGGGGUCCUGUUGGAAAUGUCAUUGGAGGUGGGGGACCACAGGUGAACUUGAAUGCUGCUGGUGCUGGUCAGCCGGGGAUGCACAUGGGGGGUCAGGGAGGAACGAAUGUGAACAUCACCACUAUGGCUCAGCUGCAGCAAGUACAGCAGCAGCAGCAGCAGUUACAGCAGCAACAGAGGCCAAUGCUCAGUGGUUUACAGCAGCAGCAGGUCGCAGCUCUACAGCAGCAGCAACAACAACAGCAGCAGCAGCAAGGGGUGGGGAGAGGAAUGCAGGGCCAGGGGCCACAGAUGGGAAAUCUCAGCAGUCCUCAUCUUAGAGAGUUGUUCAUGAGACGACAUCUGCAGCAGCAGCAGCAGCAGCAGCAGCAACAACAACAACAGCAGCAGCAGCAAAUGGGCGUAAAUCAUGGUCAGUUUCAGCAGCCACAACCACCACAGGGGCAGGCAUUCAUGGGACAGCCAGGGAUGCAGCCUCCUACUGUGGGUCAGGGUCCUCCUGGAGGUCCAUCUCUUGGUCCUCAGCAGUCCGGUGGCCCACCAGGCCAGCAGGGGCAAGGUUACCCAGGGUCAGUGGCCCAGCAGCAGGCCACAGCUGUACUCCAGCAGAGGCUUCAGCAACAGCAUCACCUCCAGAUGCAGCAGCAGAAUACCAUGGCUGGCCUGCCAGGGACUGAUGCAGGGCCAGGUGGAGAGGCUGUAGGAGGCCCUCAACAGCCACCUCAAGUCCCUCAACCUGCCCAGAGUGGACCCCCACCUUCUCAGACCCUACAAGCUCUCCACCAGAGGUUGCUCCAGCAGCGACAUCUGGGUCCUGGGGGGUCACCAGCCCAGCACAGUAACCCCAUGAGCCCUCAGCAGUCACAGCAGAUGGCCCAGUCUCCACACCCACACCUGCAGGGCCAGGCUCUGCCCACGUCCUUGGCUAAUCAGGUGCGAUCCCCACAGCCGUCUCCCAGACCCCAGUCCCAGCCGCCACACUCCAGCCCGUCCCCGCGCAUGCAGCCUCAGCCCUCCCCACAUCACAUCUCCCCCCAGUUGCAGACAGGUUCACCACACUCAAGCCAUCUGAACCAGCACCACCCAGGAAUGGUGGUCCCUCCACAACAACAGCAGCAGCAACAGUCAGCGACUCAGCAGCAGCAACAGAACACUAUGGAGCAGUUUGGGUCAGACCAGAGUGCCAUGCUGUCUCAGCUGAGUGGCAUGGCUGGUCUACACGGGCCAGGGGGCAACAGCCAGGACCCGCUUAGCCAGAACAUGAAUCACAACCCUUUAAACAUCAUGUAGAACUUCUCAAAGUGUCAAGCUGAGCUGAAAUGCUCUGUGAUCUUUCGCACAAACUGCACUCACCCAGGACAGUAUUACUGUUAUUACUUAGCCUUUCUUCUUUUUUUUUUUUUUUUUAUAUACUAUUAUUAAAUGUUAUUUAAAAUGUUUUCAAUAAAGAUGCAUUGAACUGAACUUCCUAUGGGAGAUGAACAAUAAAUCAAGCAGUUGUUAAAUGAAUUAGAAUAAAUGAAUUGUAAGUUAUUGCUGUUAAUAUAUAUAUAUAUUUUUUGCCAAUUGUGGAAAAGAGGGAGAUGGUUUCUGCCACUUCUUGCAGAGUACACGAAAGGUGAUAUUUUUGGGGGGUAAAUACAAGUACUUGCCUUUUUUGAGAAAUGUUUUUAAGAUUUUAAAAGUGGUCGAGAAUUAAAGAGGAAAUGAUUUAAUGCAAAGAACUUUUUUUGUUUUUUUUUUAUAUAUCUGUUUUUUUGUUUUGCAUUCUUCGGACUGUCUUUCUGUUUCGCAGAGUGAUGUGGAUAAUUGUUGAUGUAGAUCCAAACAUGAUGCAUAUCUUCCUUUUUUCUUUUUUUUUAAUGUUUGGGUUUGCUUUAUUUAUUGUUUUAUUUUGGGAUGGGUUGGGUUAUGUACCUUGAGACUGCUACGAUUCGUAUAGAAAUAUAUUUUUGUUAUUGACUGUUAAGAUUUAGAUGUCUGUAGUCGGUUCUGUCCAGCUGGGAAUAAUGUCAGUGUUUUCUUGCAGAGGUUGAGGGGUCUGCUCUGAGUUUGACGUGUUGAAUGGACAUAUUUCGACAUCCCGGCCAAGCUUCUUGUGUUUUGGACAUCAGUCAUGCUGGAAGAGACGCUCUCCCCCUCACGAACAUGCAAAGCCCUCUCCCUCGAAUGUGUGUGCACUCCUUCCUUUUUAAAGACCCUUAAAAUGGAGCAGUGGAGGCUUGGGGAGGGGGGGGGGGUGCAUACCUGUGUGCCUGUAACAUUUUGAGUACAUGGGCUGGGAUGUGGAGGGGAAAAAAAAAUGGGGUGGGGUUGGGGUCCUUUUAGUGUUUUUAGGAUUCUGCUGUUUGAAGUAAACAGAGGAUAACGAUCCAAAUGAACUGUGUUGCACAGAACUGAGGCGAAAGAAGGCGAUGUGAGCAGCUGGUUUCCGGCUCUUUCUGCCUCGUCCCCUUUGCUGCUUCCCUUGGACUUUAAAUCCCUCUCCUCUGGGGGAGAUGUUGAGCUCCCUCCCCACAAACUCAAUCCUCUAUCUUUCUGCUAAGAACUUUGGGAGUUUAAUUUAAUAUUUUUUACUGUACAAAGGAAACAAACUGUGGACUCAAAUACUGUUUUUAUAAUAAAAUGAAAAUUACAAGUA